AUGGCAUUUUCACCAACCCCGAACAACGAGGAUCCAGUGACCCUGCGCACUCGAGAUCUCGUAUUUGUACUUAUCACAAAUUCGCUAUGCCUUGUCGCUACAUUACUACUCGUUUUACGAGUCUACACGUAUCUUUAUAUUGUCCAGAGAAAGGGCACCAAAGCCCUUAUGUGGGCAAUUAUUGCUUGGGCUUUAGGAUUUCCUUGCAUGAUGAUCUAUGAUUAUGGAGUUUUCCAGCCCAAUCUGAAAUCGCCGCACCUGUAUCGAUUCUCAGCUGUCAUUUUCAUGUGCUUUGCUAUAUCUUUCGCCAGACUCGGAAUACUCAUGUACAUAUUUGAUAUACAACGGGCAGCUUAUCAGCCGGGAAAACAUGUUUUAUUCGGUGUUGUUCUCUUGAAUCUAUUCAACUCUAGUAUUUUCGCUAUCGUGGCGUUGACUUACAUGUUCUGCCAUGAAGCAAAAUAUGACCCCACCCAUAUCAGUUGCCCUGCGAAAACAACAGUAAUAGAGCUUUUUAUUGCUGUCGGUGGUAUGUCUCAAUUCCAGCACGCUUGGGUAUAUACAUAA